AUGCUCCCAACACUGGUACUGCUCAUCUUCUGCAGUUUCCUGCACUCUGCCGCUUUUGAAGGAAAUUAUUGGUCCCCCAUUCUUCUCCAAAAACAGAAAGAAUCUCUGCAAAGAAUUUUGGGCAAGGAUUCCUGUUCUACCUGGGGAGGAGGGCAUUUUUCAACCUUUGAUAAAUACCAGUAUGACUUCACUGGGACUUGCAACUACAUCUUUGCAACUGUAUGUGAUGAGACCAGCCCAGACUUCAACAUUCAGUUCCGUCGUGGGCUGGACAAAAAAAUUGCAAGGAUCAUUAUUGAGCUUGGACCUUCUGUUGUCAUUGUUGAGAAAGGCAGCAUUUCUGUCAGAAGUGUUGGUGUCAUUCAGUUGCCUUACACCAGCAAUGGAAUCCAGAUAGCCCCUUAUGGACGCAACAUCCGCCUGGUAGCCAAGCUGAUGGAGAUGGAACUGGUGGUCAUGUGGAACAAUGAUGACUACCUCAUGGUUUUGGCUGAAAAAAAAUACAUGGGGAAAACAUGUGGAAUGUGUGGGAACUAUGAUGGUUAUGAAUUGAAUGAAUUUGUCCGUGAAGGUAAAUUGCUGGAUACAUAUAAAUUUGCUGCAUUACAAAAAAUGGAUGACCCAUCAGAGAUCUGCCUGUCCGAGGAGAUACCAAUUUCUGCUGUUCCUCACAAAAAAUAUGCCAUGAUCUGCUCUCAGCUACUUAAUUUAGUGUCACCAGCCUGCAGUGUGCCCAAGGAUAGGUUUGUCAUUCGUUGUCAGCUUGAUAUGCAGGACUGCAGUGAGCCAGGGCAAAACAACUGCACUUGCUCUACACUGUCAGAGUAUUCCAGGCAAUGUGCCAUGUCCCACCAAAUGGUGUUCAACUGGAGAACUGAAAACUUCUGCUCUGUGGGAAAAUGUUCUGCAAACCAAAUCUAUGAGGAAUGUGGUUCUCCGUGUAUUAAAACCUGUUCCAACCCAGAGUACAGCUGUUCCAGUCACUGUACCUAUGGCUGCUUUUGUCCAGAAGGAACGGUUCUUGAUGAUAUCUCGAAGAAUCGGACAUGUGUUCACAUUAGCCAGUGUCCAUGUACACUGAAUGGGAAAACAUAUGCUCCUGGUGAGACAAUGAAAGCAGCUUGUAGGACCUGUAAAUGUGUGAUGGGUCAGUGGAACUGCAAAGACUUGCCCUGCCCUGGAAGGUGUUCACUGGAAGGAGGCUCCUUUGUUACCACAUUUGAUUCGAGGCCAUAUCGAUUCCAUGGGGUUUGCACUUAUGUUCUUAUGAAGAGUUCCAGCCUGCCACACAAUGGAACCCUAAUGGCUGUUUAUGAAAAGACUGGUUAUUCUCAUUCUGAGACCUCACUUAGUGCUAUAAUUUACCAAUCUACAAAGGACAAAAUUGUGAUUUCUCAGAAUGAUCUCCUUACUGAUGAUGAUGAACUCAAGCGGCUGCCUUACAGAUCAGGAGACAUCACCGUUUUCAGACAGUCCUCCAUGUACGUUCAGAUGCAUACAAACUUUGGGCUGGAACUUGCAGUUCAAACAUCACCUGUGUUCCAGGCCUAUGUGAAAGUUGGAUCACAAUUCAAAGGCAGGACACUAGGUUUGUGUGGCAAUUACAAUGGAGACACUACAGAUGACUUCAUGACUAGCAUGGAUAUCACUGAAGGGACAGCCUCCCUGUUUGUAGAUUCCUGGAGGGCAGGAAAUUGCCAUCCUGCCUUAGAGAGAGAGACUGACCCUUGCGCUUUGAGCCAACUGAACAAAAUAUCUGCUGAGACUCAUUGCUCCAUUCUGACCAAGAAGGGUACAGUGUUUGAGAAAUGCCAUGCUGUGGUGAACCCUAUUCCUUUCUACAAGAGAUGUGUCUACCAAGCCUGUAAUUAUGAAGAGACCUUUCCUUAUAUUUGUUCUGCUCUGGGAUCAUAUGCACGAGCAUGCAGCUCCAUGGGUUUAAUCCUUGAGAACUGGAGGAGCAGUAUGGACAAUUGUACCAUUACUUGCACUGGCAAUCAAACAUUCAGCUACAACACCCAGGCAUGUGACAGGACAUGUUUGUCACUCUCCAACCGAGCCCUGGAAUGCCAUCCAACUGAUAUUCCUAUUGAGGGCUGCCAGUGUCCUAAAGGAAUGUACCUGAACCACAAGAAUGAGUGUGUUCGUAAAUCUCAUUGUCCCUGCUACUUAGAGGACAGAAAGUACAUCCUGCCUGACCAGUCAACAAUGACUGGUGGGAUCACCUGCUACUGCGUUAAUGGGAGGCUAAGUUGCACAGGCAAACCUCAAAAUCCUGCAGAAAACUGCAAAGCUCCUAAGAAAUACAUAUCAUGUUCUGACAAUUUAGAAAACAAGUAUGGAGCUGCAUGUGCCCCUACCUGUCAGAUGCUGGCUACUGGAAUUGAAUGUAUACCCACAAAGUGUGAAUCAGGCUGUGUCUGUGCUGAUGGCCUCUAUGAAAAUCUUGAUGGCAGGUGUGUGCCAGCUGAGGAGUGUCCAUGUGAAUAUGGCGGCCUUGCUUAUGGGAGAGGUGAACAAAUCCAGACAGAAUGUGAGAUCUGCACUUGCAGAAAAGGCAAAUGGAAAUGUGUUCAGAAAACAAGGUGUUCCUCCACCUGUAAUCUGUAUGGAGAAGGCCACAUCACCACCUUUGAUGGACAGCGUUUUGUGUUUGAUGGCAACUGUGAAUACAUAUUAGCUAUGGAUGGCUGCAGUAUUAGCAGACCCAUUUCCUCUUUCAAAAUUGUUACUGAGAAUGUCAUCUGUGGGAAAUCAGGAGUUACAUGCUCCAGAUCCAUCAGCAUUUACCUUGGGAAUCUGACAAUCAUACUGAGAGAUGAAACCUUUGCUAUUUCUGGGGAAAAUCCUGGUAUAAGAUACAAAGUGAAAAAGAAUGCCCUUCACCUGAUGUUUGAUAUCAUUAUCCCAGGAAAAUACAACAUGACCCUUAUUUGGAAUAAGCACAUGAACUUCUUCAUCAAGAUCUCCAGAGAAACACAGGAAACAAUCUGUGGUUUGUGUGGUAACUAUAAUGGCAACAUGAAGGAUGACUUUGAAACUCGAAGCAAGUAUGUGGCAUCAAACGAGCUGGAAUUUGUCAACUCUUGGAAAGAGAAUCCUCUCUGUGGGGAUGUGUACUUUGUAGUGGACCCCUGUAGCAAGAACCCUUAUCGUAAAGCAUGGGCAGAAAAGACAUGUUCCAUCAUCAACAGCCAUGUUUUUUCUGCCUGUCACAAUAAGGUGAAUCGGAUGCCCUACUAUGAGGCCUGUGUCCGAGACUCCUGUGGGUGUGACAUUGGAGGGGACUGUCAGUGCAUGUGUGACGCCAUCGCAGUCUAUGCCAUGGCAUGCUUGGAAAAAGGCAUCUGCAUUGACUGGAGGACCCCUGAGUUCUGUCCUGUCUAUUGUGAGUAUUACAAUUCUCAUAACAGAAAAGGAAUUGAUGAUGCUUUUUCCUAUGACUACAACGAUGACAAAUGCACCUGGCACUACAGGCCUUGUAACUGUCCAAAUCAAAACUACAAAUACGUCAAUAUUGAAGGCUGUUACAACUGCUCUCAUGAUGAAUACUUUGACCAUGAAGAAGAAAGGUGCAUGCCAUGUGGACAAGUAAACGUUACCACCACACCCGAACCAUCUUCACCUUCACCAGUAACAACAGUGCAACCUGAAGUAACAAGAAGCUCUACCACAAGCACACUUCUAACAGAACCCAGUACUUCUUCUGCAACAACUGCAUCACCUGAGACUACAAAUCCAACAAUAACUGCAAAAAUUACAGUUCCAAGAACUUCACAACCUCUUGUCACAAUAAAGUCAACUACUGAACAUACAACAUCAAUUUUUACCACAUCAAACAUGACUACAACCAUCACUACCCCUUCCAUGACCACCUCAGUGAAAAGAACCAUGGCCACUACACCAAAAUCUCUUCCCUCAUCAACCGCUGCUUCAACUGAGACAGAACAAGUAGGGGUCACCUCACCACCCUUCAAGACCACCACCAAAAGGGAAAUGGCAACCUCCCCAACACCUACUCAAACCACAACUUUCAGCCAGCCUAAACUAACAACAGCAGAGAGUGAGGGAACCGAAGCAACCACUCUGCACUACCCAGAAGUUGUCACCCAUGUAAGAACAACGUUGACACAGCCUGCACAGCACCUCAUGACACAGACACAGACCACCCCUGCCACAUCCACCAGCAGCACCUCUGUCCCAGGAGAGACCAGCCCUGCCACCAGCCCAGAAGUUCCACUGACAAGGACAUUUCCAAGCUCCAGCUCUUUGCCUGUCACUUCAGUCUCAUCUGCUUCUUCCCUCUCCUCAACCCAGCUGGGAACAUCAUAUCCUGCAAGGGAGCCAACCAGAGCUAAGACACCAACUACUAAAGUAGUAACAGCCUUCACCCACAAACAGUCAACUGUGCCACACAUUGGGCCACCUGUGACCACGUACAAGACCUCGGCUGCCACCUCUAUCAGCAGCACCUCCAAGACCUCUGUCUCCACAGGAGCCAGCCCUCCAAGCAGCACAGAAGUGCCUCUGGAAACAGCCUCUCCACAUCCCAGCUCUCCACCUGCCCCCAGCAGCCCGCUCAGCACGCGGCUGCCAUCCACUGCCACCACUUCCACAGCCGCCUCCACAGCAGCUCCCAGCAGCAGCCCCAGGCCCACACCUACAACCCUGAGGCCCCAGGCCUCUUCCCCAACAACCGGUGCUGCAAAGGAGUCUCCUGUCACAGAGUCCUCUGCACCCACCACAGCCAAAACCAGCACCCUGCCAUGGCCUGCUUCUUCUCCCUCCUCAACUGUGUCCUCAACAUGGCUCAGCUCCCUACAGCCUGCCUUCACCCAUGAACAGUCAACUGUGCCACAUAUCCGACCAUCCGUGACCACACACAAGACCUCAGCUGCCACCUCCAUCAGCAGCACCACCAAGACCUCUGUCUCCACAGGAGCCAGCCCUCCAAGCAGCACAGAAGUGCCUCUGGAAACAGCCUCUCCACAUCCCAGCUCUCCACCAGCCCCCAGCAGCCCGCUCAGCACGCGGCUGCCAUCCACUGCCACCACUUCCACAGCCGCCUCCACAGCAGCUCCCAGCAGCAGCCCCAGGCCCACACCUACAACCCUGAGGCCCCAGGCCUCUUCCCCAACAACCAGUGCUGCAAAGGAGUCUCCUGUCACAGAGUCCUCUGCACCCACCACAGCCAAAACGAGCACCCUGCCAUGGCCUGCUUCUUCUCCUUCCUCAACUGUUUCCUCAACGUGGCUCAGCUCCUCACAGCCUGCCUUCACCCAUGAACAGUCAACUGUGCCACACAUCGGACCAUCCGUGACAACACACAAGACCUCAGCUGCCACCUCCAUCAGCAGCACCUCCAGGACCUCUGUCUCCACAGGAGCCAGCCCUCCAAGCAGCACAGAAGUGCCUCUGGAAACAGCCUCUCCACAUCCCAGCUCUCCACCUGCCCCCAGCAGCCCGCUCAGCACGCGGCUGCCAUCCACUGCCACCACUUCCACAGCCGCCUCCACAGCAGCUCCCAGCAGCAGCCCCAGGCCCACACCUACAACCCUGAGGCCCCAGGCCUCUUCCCCAACAACCGGUGCUGCAAAGGAGUCUCCUGUCACAGAGUCCUCUGCACCCACCACAGCCAAAACCAGCACCCUGCCAUGGCCUGCUUCUUCUCCCUCCUCAACUGUGUCCUCAACAUGGCUCAGCUCCUCACACCUGGCAGCCUUCACCCACAAACAGUCAACUGUGCCACACAUUGGGCCGUCUGUGACCACGCACAAGACCUCGGCUGCCACCUCCAUCAGCAGCACCUCCAGGACCUCUGUCUCCACAGGAGCCAGCCCUCCAAGCAGCACAGAAGUGCCUCUGGAAACAGCCUCUCCAAAUCCCAGCUCUCCACCUGCCCCCAGCAGCCCGCUCAGCACCUGGCUGCCAUCCACUGCCACCACUUCCACAGCCGCCUCCACAGCAGCUCCCAGCAGCAGCCCCAGGCCCACACCUACAACCCUGAGGCCCCAGGCCUCUUUCACAACAACCAGUGCUGCAAAGGAGUCUCCUGUCACAGAGUCCUCUGCACCCACCACAGCCAAAACCAGCACCCUGCCAUGGCCUGCUUCUUCUCCCUCCUCAACUGUGUCCUCAACAUGGCUCAGUUCCCCACAGCCAGCAGCCUUCACCCACAAACAGUCAACUGUGCCACACACUGGGCCACCUGUGACCACGCACAAGACCUCGGCUGCCACCUCCAUCAGCAGCACCUCCAGGACCUCUGUCUCCACAGGAGCCAGCCCUCCAAGCAGCACAGAAGUGCCUCUGGAAACAGCCUCUCCACAUCCCAGCUCUCCACCUGCCCCCAGCAGCCCGCUCAGCACGCGGCUGCCAUCCACUGCCACCACUUCCACAGCCGCCUCCACAGCAGCUCCCAGCAGCAGCCCCAGGCCCACACCUACAACCCUGAGGCCCCAGGCCUCUUCCCCAACAACCGGUGCUGCAAAGGAGUCUCCUGUCACAGAGUCCUCUGCACCCACCACAGCCAAAACCAGCACCCUGCCAUGGCCUGCUUCUUCUCCCUCCUCAACUGUGUCCUCAACAUGGCUCAGCUCCCUACAGCCUGCAGCCUUCACCCAUGAACAGUCAACUGUGCCGCACAUUGUACCACCUGUGACCAUGUACCAGACCACAGCCACUACCUCCGUCAGCAGCACCUCCAAGACCUCUGUCUCAACAGAAGUGCCUCUGGAAACCUCUCCAAAUCCCAGCUCCCCACCUGCCCCCAGCAGCCCGCUCAGCACCCGGCUGCCGUCCACUGCCACGUCUCCAUUCUCUUCUGUUUUGGCCUCAACUGUCAGCACAAUGUCUGUGCCUACAUCCCUGACUACUUCCACAUUUAGGUCUGCUGAGAGCACUACACAUCCUUACUUCCAAAACACCACAUCCACUCCACAUGGCAAAACAUCUUCAUUAGCUGCUCCUACCAGUAUCGCUGCCCAGUCUCGGCCAGCGUUGAUCCCAACUGUUGUGUCUACAACUGUUACCUUUGCUCCCCAUGUUAUCACGACGGCUUCUACAGAGUCAGUGGAACAGAGUUCCCUGCAAACAACAACUCUGACCACUGCCCGCACGACAUCAUCUCCUCCUCUCACCUCUGGACUUUCAACAUCCCUGUCUUCUGUUGUGCCAUCAACAGUGCCACAUGAGCGUUGUAGAGAAGUUGAAUAUGAAGAAGAAAUAACUUACAAAGGCUGUUCCACAAAUGUCACUUUGAGCCGAUGUGAAGGAACAUGUCCCUCUUCAACAAAGCUGGAUGUUGAGAAGAUGGCGGUCACCACAGCAUGUGGCUGCUGUAGGCCACUUGAACUUCUUAAGAAGCAAUUCCAACUGCCAUGCCAAGACCCAGAUAACCCUGGAAGAAGGCUCACCACAGAAAUAAUUGCAUUUAGUGGCUGUGUGUGUAACUUUGACAGUUGCACACACUAGCCAGACCUGAUGGCUGCAGAUACCAUUUUUUGUAAUUAAAGCCUGAUCACAAGUUAAUCCUUCCACAGUUCAUUGCUGGGUUCUCUUGUACUGAUGACACAGGACAGCCUUGCUGUCAGGCUGCCUGAGCAGCUGCCUGGACUAGCAGUGGAGUUACCGGAUAAAUUAUUCCUGAUCAAAAGGGUGGGGUGCAUAGGAGGAAAGAAAGAACAGAAAUAAACAGGCUCAGGGAAUCAGGAGAGAAGACAAGAAACUGUUUGGCCUUGCCCAGGGGUGAUUUAUUCAACCAGAGGCUAAAAUCUGGCCCAUGCACUGGGCAGUAACAGAAAUUCUAUGUUCAAAUAAAGUAGAAGGAACUGAAUUUUCUAUCUUCUUUCUCCUUAUUUGACCAAUUAUUUUAACUGAAAAAUAGUCUAUUAGGUUCAUUACAGUCAACUUGGCCCUGGAACAGCCCACUACUUGAGUGGGAGAAAGGAAGUGACCUGUUCCCUGCCCUGGAAGGUGGACACAGCUUGUGUGCCUGUUGGAAAGCAAGGUGCUAUAUGACCCAAAGGUGAAUGGUGAGGUUUCCACAAGCACCCUUAGUGUCAUGGGACAUUUCUAGAAAGGUAACUAAUACACACACGUGGAGCAGCUUUGGGAUAAAGCAGGAAGCUGAAGGCAUUUCUCUGUAAGAAAUCAAAACCCACAGGCAUCUAACAGGAUACAAGUGGUUCACUCACAAGCAAUUUCUACUUGCUACCACGCUAGACAAUCUUUGUUGGCAAGUCAUUUAAGAAAAAGCUGUAUGAUUGCAGAAAAGCUCAGAGUGCUCUUUUCCCCUUUUAGCAAGUGUAAGAGAAGAACCUGAAGCAUACAUUUAAAGCUUAAAAAUGAGGUUAUUUAGCAGUUUAGACUACUCUUCUACAGUGCCAUCAACCUUGCAUCCAAUACUUGUGUACUGCUUAGCCUCAACCAUACCCCACUAUUAGAGCAGUUUACUGCAGCAAGCACUGCUCAUGUACUUACUGUGUUUAAACACUCUAGGGAGAAAGAUUUUACACCGGGCCUUGUUAAAAGUAGAGUAUUUAUAACUUGUAACCAAACAAGAACAAAAUCAAACUCACUCACUGGGGGAGCAGAAAUCCAUAGACCAUGUAAGACUCAUGUGAAACAAACCCACCAGUACUUCUCAUAAAAGAAUCACAGCAAUUGUGUUCCACAACAACCAUUCCAUGAGAAUACUUUUUACGCCUUUAUGCCCCCAGACAAAAAAAGGACAGUUUCAUCACUGUUCUAAUCAUUUAUUUAAUCUUAAUAUGUUCUUCUGAUGAAUAUAGUCUAAUAUAUAGUCUUCUAUAUGAAAAUUCUCCACUUAAUUUGACAGAACUUUGUUUUAUACAAAUAAGACAAUCACCAUAAAUGUUACAUACUGGAGUGUAGGUCAAGAAUGAACAUAUGCUACCUGUUUUGCUAUUCAGUUAUUUUCACAUGUCAAUGCCUGAAAAUACUGCACUUAAAAACAAUAACACUGUUUACUGCAGAAAUUACGUUGUCUGCUUGACAGGAUACAUCACUGGUAAGUUAACCAUCAUUCACAAAAAAAAAAUAUAAUCAAGUAUUUGUCUUUAAUUUGUUCACUUUUCUGCUCAUGGCUUCAUUGAGCUGACAUUUAAUACAAAGAGUGAACAGUCAUAAGCUUAACACAGUCACCACUGAAAAGACACUUUCCCUUACCCCCCCUCCUUCCCACAUUUUAAUGCACAUUUUAGCACAGCUUGAACCAAAGCAAAGUGAAAUAAAGUAGUGCAGUGUCUCAAGGUGUCCUUUAAUGAGGGCACAGAACAUUUUUUCAGGGGGACAGAUAUACAACAGGAUUCGGAAAAUACAAAAAGAGAACCUCUUCCUCUGUCUUUGCUAAGACUCCCUUUAGUUCAGCAUAUCAGAUUUUAACAGAGCAGCCAAGAGCAUGGUUAACAUAACAGGACUAAUAAUGAGACACAGAACAUCGUGAAGCCAAAACAAAAGGUAUUCCACCAGUAUUUGCCAACUGCCCAACCUGACCGCAGGAACCACUCACCAAGAGUUUCAACGACAGUAUUUAUGAUUAAAAGAGUCUUAAGUAAGAAGAAUUUGAAAGGCCUUAAAGGGGCCAAUUGUUCAAGAGAAUUUCUGCAGAAAGACCAGGCCUUUAGCCUAGUUUUCAGCCUUAAUAUCCAUAGUUACCAGCCAUUUCUGGAAAAACAAAACACAUCCCCCAAAAUCCACAUAUCACAGCCAAACCUUUGUUCCUCAUUUUUCACUUUUACUCAAGUACGAUCAGGAGCCUUCAGCCAAACCAAGUGAUAAUCUCCCAGUUCCAUCAUUUAAGCUCAAAGCACUGAAGACAAAAUCAAGGCACACUCAAUCAUGGAGAAUCCUAUCCCCUGCUGAGCAUGGGCAGCAUGACCGCAGCCCCAAUCAAAUUUUCAGUAUCACCACCAUGACUCAACACCUUCAUUCCUGGGCACAUUUGUCUGUAUGUGUUGUGACACAGCAGUCCCAGGCUUCCUUUCAGUGACCAUGAGGAAAUCUUGACCUGAGGUUCCCUUCUCCUGUCAACAGGAGCUGAUUUUGUUCACCAUGAUCUGCAGCUCUUGCUGACACCAGCCCAGGGUUUCUAACUGGGCCACCUCACCUGCUUUGGUUUAGCAGCUUCUGUUGCACCUCAAGGCUUGAGGAGCGUGAGCCAAAGUUUCUGUCCACUGACUUCUGUAGAGAGGCUGUGAAGAGUUUGAUGUGAAACAAGGUACAAAGACUUUGGCUAUAAAAACCUCUAGAAAAGCUGAACACUUUUGGGUUUUCUACUUUCAGUUUCAACAGAAGUUUUCUAUACCAUGUUGGACAUUUUUACCUCUGAUGGAAAGGAAACUGCUUAGGUAUCAGUUAUUCAACAUCUUGAGUUUGAACAUUAAUGUACACUGGGGAAAAGAUAUUGAUUAAAAUUACAUUUUCACCUAAGUGCAUGCCCUACAACCCUUCAAGGGCCCAUUUCUUCCCAUUUCUUUCAUACAAUACUAGUUUCUGCAGUUAAUUGUAUCACGUCAUUAGGACUAUUACUUGUGAAGUCUGAUGGCAAACAGAAAAAACACAGAACAGAAUAUUUAAACUUCACUGAAAAACAACAAACAUAUAUAUACUCAUUCACCCCCUACCAGAGAAGCUCACCUCAUUAAUGGAGAUAAGCAGGAGGAUUAAGAAUAGCUUUUGUGUUCAAUCCAAAUAUCAGAAAACAUUAGGAUGUAAAAUACUACAAGAUUAAUACUUUUAAGACUCUGGUCCUGUGGCAUUUGUCAAAUACAAAGACUGGUGACACAAUAUAAAUGUUCACUUUAAUCAGAUUCAAAUACAUCUUCAAACCUGCCCUUCCAUCCAUCCAGUAGACAACUUGUGGCAAUGUUCAACUUUACAAAGUUUUGACUCUACAUUAGCAUGGGAAUUAACCUUCCUGAGCAGCAGUACACUGGAUUCUUUCAGCUCAGAGCAGAGGAAGUAUCUCUUAAAGGUACUGAAGCAGAAGGUUUUUGAGCUAUUUUCAGCUGAAAUCCUUGAUUGCCACAACUAAAACAAUUUUCCUUCAACAAGUUUAAAAGCCUGA